AUGCUACCAUCCCCAUUUUAUUGGAUUUUACAUUUUCUGUUUCAACUGCACUCACAAAGCAUCAGCGUUAAUGCUCAACUGAUACCCAACAAUGCAUCAUCGCAGCAUCUCUUAAACAAAGCAAAUGACAAUCUUCUUCACAACUUCGAUCUAUCAUCUCCAUCUCUUAUAAAUUCAGAUAAUAUCUACGAAUGGCAACCUGUUGUGGCCAAUAUAACGAUAGGCGAAACAAAUUCAUUUGUAUUCACUAUUGAUCCUGAAUUAACAGGAUCGGGCUUCGCACCUACUUAUGAAGUGUUCAUCUUUCUUAGUGGGAACAUCUGCUCCCGACCUGAAAAUUCAUCAGACAUUGAACUGGGAGUCUUUUAUUCAUUUGAUAAAAAUAUCUUAUCAAACUCUUCACUGGGUACUUACACUGCUUUUGGAAAUGGGUAUAUGGAACAGUUAGCCAUUAGUCCCAUACAAGAAUCCCAAUCUAAUGUAACUUCUGAAUAUUCUAACUUGUAUGUGGUUAUGCAAUUGGUUAAUGCCACAACAAAUGAAGCCUUGAUUGACUACACCAAUGGGGAGGAUACAAGAGCUUGGGAGUACAGAUUGAGUAUAUCAGAAAAUGAUUUGGUAUACCAAUGGGAUUAUAGAUCAUGGCUGCAAGUACUAGAUACAGAUCAUUCAUCUGCAUUACUGAUAACGGGGAACGUUUCUACUGAUGCCAAAGUCUAUCAUAAUUAUUCCAUUUAUGAUCCAUCAUUGUACGAUUUAUACAUUUAUUCAUAUGAAGAUUCGUUGAAGUUUGAUCAAGAUCUGAAUAUUUCUUUAUGUGCAGUGAAGAAUGGACCUUAUCUGGUUACAUCAGAGGGCUCAAAUAAUUUGAGUAAAUCAUUAGAAGUCACUGACUUGAAGAUUCAGAAAAGUAUUGAAGAUUCUGCAGCUGGUGUUAGUGAAUAUUUCUAUAUCACGGGACUGAACAGUUCAACAACUUAUGCGGCAUAUCUGACAAAAAAGAUUGGGAAAAGUGGUAAUAUAACUGAUGUUGGAGGUGUUCUUUUUUCCAAGGAGUAUUUCUCAACAAAGGACACAGACACCUGUUCUCUCAUAUAUGGACUAGAUUUUUGUACAGGUGUUGCAUAUUCAGUUCCAACAUCCUCUCUGGCAUUUGGUAAUAAGACUUUACUUGCAGAAACAUAUGAUCAUAUUGCUAGCGCGAUCUACGGUAAUUUUAGCAAAGCAUUACAAUUAAUAUCGUGCGAUGCUGAAAGUGACGCUAGAUAUUCUCCAAUACGAACAUGUGAUGACUGUGCGACCUCGUACCGUAAUUGGGUCUGUGCAGUGUCAAUUCCCAGGUGCUCUACAAGUUCGUCUGAAUAUUUUGUACAUAGGGAUCACCUUGACAACAGAAAUUCAUACAUAAAUACUUUCAUAAAACCAUCAAGAGACUAUUUUGAAGUCCUGCCAUGUAUUGAUAUGUGCCAUGCCAUGGUAAGAGACUGUCCAAGUGACUUUGGGUUUGCAUGCCCAAAUCCUAAAAGGGAUGACGAUCUUCUAAAUUAUAGUUACAAUUAUUAUAGAAGUGGAACCAACUUAGAGACAUGUAACUUUAUUGGGAAUGUUUCAGACCUUGUCGCUGUGUCAAUGUAA